GAGAUGGUCAGAAGAGUGGCAAGAGUGGAGGAGACGCUUCACCAUGGAAUAUGAAGUCAAGAAAGGGAAAAAGGGCUUUGUAUCCCCCAUCCGGAGGCUGGUGUUCCCCAAGGCUGGGCGCCGAGCUGCCUUUCGGACCAGUGUGAGUCGCCGGCCCCUGCACUCGAUGCCCCUUUUCCCCCCUGACUACCUCAUCGACCCUCAGAUUCUGCUGUGUGACUAUCUGGAGAAAGAGGUCAAGUUCCUGGGCCACCUCACCUGGGUUACCUCCUCACUGAACCCCUCCAGCCGCGACGAGCUCCUGCAGCUGCUGGACACGGCCAGGCAGUUGAAGGAGCUGCCGCUGAAGACCACAGCGGAGCAGGACAGCAUCCUGAGCCUGUCGGCCCGCUGCCUGCUGCUCACCUGGCGCGACAAUGAGGAGCUAAUCUUGCGUAUCCCCACGCACGAGAUCGCCGCCGCCUCCUACCUGCAGGACGACGCGCUGCACCUGCUGGUGCUUAAGACCGGUCUGGGCGUGGACCCGGUGCCAGCCGGCGUAGACGCCAGCCCCGGCGGCGCAGGGCGCGACCCGGGCCCGCCGGGCGCGGCGCCCGAGAAGCGGCGGGGGGGCACCACGGAGCGGCGCCACACCAUCUGCAGCCUGGACUGGCGGAUGGCGUGGGGCGGGGGCGCGGGCGCAGAGGCCCGGGCCGGGGGCAGCGGCGGCGGCAGCCUGGAGCGCCAGCGCGCCGGGGCGCGGGCGUCGGGCAGCUGGGAGCGGCGGCAGACGUUCAGCGGCAGCUGGGAGCGGAGGCACACCGGCGGCGGCGGCGGCGGCGCGGGCAAGCCGGGCGGCAGCUGGGAGCGGAGGCAGGCGGGCGGCGGCGGCGGCGGAAGCUGGGAGCGGCGCCACCCGGGCUCCAACCCGCUCGACCCGCAGGACCCCAGCCCCGACGCCUACUGCAAUCUUGUCAUCCUGGCUGUGGCCAACAGGGAUGCUGCCGAGGAGUCCUGUGCUCUCAUCUGUCAGGUCUUCCAGAUCAUCUACGGGGACCAGAGCAUUGAGUGCGUGGACCGGGCUGGCUACCACUACACGUCCACACCCGAGCGGCCGUGGCUCUGCAGCCGCACAAUGGCUCCCAGGAUACAUUUGAAGCGUGUUAUAGUGGCACAUCCACACCCUCCUUCCAUGGCUCCCACUGCAGCGGCAGUGACCACAGCGGCCUGGGCCUCGAGCAGUUGCAAGAUUACAUGGUCACGUUGCGGAGUAAACUGGGGCCCCCUGAGAUCCAGCAAUUUGCGGUGCUGCUGCGGGAGUACCGGCUGGGGCUGCCCAUCCAGGACUACUGCGCAGGUCUGCUGAAGCUCUAUGGAGACCGGCGCAAGUUCCUCCUCCUUGGGAUGCGGCCCUUCAUCCCGGACCAGGACAUCGGCUACUUCGAGGGCUUCCUGGAGGGGGUGGGCAUCCGCG